CCGCCGCUUGGGAUAUGCGACGGGAAACCCCCGCCACAGCGCAGGCAGCGGCCCCGCGGCGCCGGGGAGAGCCCAGCGAGAGCAGAUUGAUCCUUCAGAGGAAUCGUCCCUGACUCCGUCCCUACACUGAGCUAAAACUGCUUCCCAGGUGGAACACUGUUCCGGGGAGAGCUCUGAGGAUUUCCUGAAGAAGAAUUCCAUGGGGACUGUACCUGACCCUUUGAGAUCGGCUAAAACUUCCUUAAUCACAGCUUCUGGAAAAGAAGAGGAUCUAGGAGAAGUGCAGCCUGCCUCCCCUCGGUCUCCACCAGCCGUCUUGUGUGAGAACACCAAUGGCCUUUCCAGCACUCCUGCAGAGCCAGACCUCAGCCCCAGUGCAGCUGCUGAGGUCCUGAUGCAGGCCUUUGAGCAUGAGACCACCCAGCCAGACAUGUCUUCUCCUGGUGUCUUCAAUGAGGUGGAAAAAGUGUCUCCUACAUGCAGUUCUGACAAAACCCAACUGCCAGGAAGCAGUGAGCCCACAGCACCAGCCCCAUGUUCUGCAGCAGGAAAGGAUCUCAUAGAUGAAGCAUUUACAAUGCCAGCCAACCAACACACCCACCAGGUGACCCCAGGUGACCAGCUCAAUGCCAGCCCCUUAUCAGGACCUGAAGAUACUCUGCUGAAAACACAGAGAACCUCGGAUGGGGAGAUUCUUGAAAAACCUGAAAAGUCAAAUUGCCCUGUGGGAAGCACCCAGAGCAACAGCAAAGACCAAGUGCCCUGUGAUUUUUCUUCUCAAAAAACAAUCCAGGGAAUGCUGCAGACUGCAAAUACAGCAGCCAAGGUGUUCAGUCACCCCUCGUCUCCUGUAGGCCAACCCAAAGGGGCAAGGCCGGGAGCCAUAUGCGACUCCCAGACAAGGUCCUGUGACUCUCCCAUGAGAGAAGAAGGAUGUUCAGGGAACAAACAGCCCUCAGCCACCACCUCAGACAGCCAGUCCGUGACUUCUGUGACACCUCAACCACCCCACCUCACUAGCAAAGUCUCCACACGUCCUCAAGAUCAGGUGUCAAGGUUCAAAGAAGCAAGUACAAUGACCAACGAAGCUGCAAGUGAGGUCACAGAAGCUCCCGACAGGGCUCGGCAAGAUGCUGGGGUGCAGGCAGUGGCAAGUGUGGAGAACAGAUCGGUCUCCACCAGCCCCAGCAUCCUCGCUGCAUUCUUAAAGGAAACCCCAAUUCCUGAGUGUUUGGAACAAGAGCAGCUGCGUGUCAUUUGCAAUGGCAGCGGCAGUGGGAGCCACACGCUGGAGCUAUCUGACAACAUCCACUCCCCACAAGGGUCAGGUCCGUGCCCCAGCAUCAUGCCAGAAGUGCACAUCCAGGCAGCUGCCGCUGUUUCCACAGCUCUCCAAGGGGAAUGCAAAUUGAUGAGGUUACCGAGUGAGGUCCUUAAGAUCUCAUCCAUCACCGUGGCAUCCGGUAAUACUCAGGAUCUGUGUAAGGAAGAUACAGGGUCUGCAGGAAUGACCCCAGCAAGGGAAGAGCCCACCUCUAAACAGCUUUCAGGUGUGAAUUCCAGGUCCCUGAAAGCCAGCCCCACUGACCAGAUUUCUUUCAGUGCGGGAAGUCAAACCGAAACAAAUCAUGAAUUGAGGAAAGUUGAAACCAAGCCAUCUGAGUUUGCAGUGAAAACCACAGAUGGUCACGAAACAAACCCAGACUGCCAACUCUCUGACUCUUGUGGUCCUGCCGACAAAGCCAACCAGCCCGGGAGCCUGGAUUCCACUGACAAAGGAGAUGCAAGAGAGAAGCAGCCGGCAUCUCCUCAGAUAGUAAAACAAGAAUGUAGAGGCACCGAUAUCCUUGAUGUCAGGGCCAGGGCAGAGGCCAAAACCCUGCUGCUCAAUCCUAAAUCUCAAGAAAGUGGAGGCACUGGGUCAGCUGCUAGUCCUACACCCUCCCCAGUGAGGAAGAACCAGGAGGGUACCCUGGAGGAAAAUAGACAGACCAAGACAGCCACCAGCCUGAGCCUCCCAUCCGAUUCCAUGGGUGACUCCAGUCCAGGUUCUGGCAAGAGGACCCCUUCUCGCCUGGUCAAAGCCAGCCCACGGCGGGCCAGCCGAGUCAGCGAGUUCCUCAAGGAGCAAAAGUUAAAUGUGACCGCGGCUGCCGCCCAGGUGGGACUCACCCCAGGAGAGAAGAAAAAGCAGCUGGGCGCCGACUCCAAGCUGCAGUUGAAACAGUCCAAGCGUGUCAGGGACGUCGUGUGGGAUGAGCAGGGCAUGACCUGGGAAGUGUAUGGUGCCUCCCUGGACCCAGAAUCCCUGGGUAUCGCAAUCCAGAACCAUCUACAAAGACAAAUCAGGGAACAUGAGAAAUUAAUCAAAGCUCAAAACAGCCAGACCCGGAGAUCCAUUUCCUCAGAUACUUCUUCAAAUAAAAAGCUCAAAGGAAGGCAGCACAGUGUUUUACAGUCCAUGCUGCAGAACUUUCGACGCCCCAACUGCUGUGUUCGUCCUGCCCCUUCUUCUGUGCUAGACUGAAAGAGAAUGUGUAUGGGAACCCUUGUGUAUAUUUAUGGUAUUCCUAAGUGUCUCUAUUUGUCAAAGCUUACUUAGUUUUUGUUUUUUGUUUUUUGUUUUUUGGAGAGACCAGGAAGACAAGCAAGAAUCAACUAUUGGAAGUUGCUAUUAAGAAUUGUUGGGUCCUUUGAUUGGGGCUCCAUAAAUAAAAAUAUCAUUUCAAUUUGAAAGAAAGAACAAAGGAAAAGAAGAAAGCUCCACUGAAGGUUAAUGACCCUAAUUAAGAGGAAAUAACAUUCACUGGAUUUUUUAAUAUGAUGUUACUUAUAGAACUAGCACUAUCAUUAAAUACGUGUCACUUUGUAUUACUGCCUCAACAUAUCACACUGUGGUGUUUCCAUUAAAAUCCCUGCUUAAUAUUAAAACUAGCAAAAAUACUGUUAUACUUUCUAGUCAUAUUGCAAUAAGAAUGCUAUUACCACACAGAAUUUAAGUAGACGAUAAGAACUAUAAUGUAAAACUGUGAAAUAAAUUCUACUUGCUCUUCAGCCAGAUGACAUUAAGGAAAAGCAUUUAGAUGCAUACAAUACCAAAUGAAUUAAUAUUUGUCAACAUCUGCAGAUAACUGUUUUGGUAAACCUUGUUAUAUCGUCAACAAAUGUAAGAAAGUUAUGUUAGGAAAAUUAGCUGAGCUUUUGAAUAUGAAUACUGCCCACGUAAAACUUGAAUUUUUAUCUACAGAUUUUCCUGCACUGAAGGCAAGGGGCAUCUCUAUGAUUCUGACGAGAUGAAAUUCCUAUUUCUUUAGAGGAAGUACAUGCAACUGAAUUCUUGGAAAGAGUCAUCAAAUUAUUAAGUAUACUAAAGUUUGUGUAGUACAGGUGUUCUCCAAAAACAUUCUGCUGAGAGUGUUAAGGUUUCUGUGUUGAAACCUUUUCUGUGUCAAAAAAAGGAAGUAACAAAAGCAAUGGGUCUAAUUUCAACUCCUAUAAACGGGAUGAAGUUUGUGUUUUCCUUUUGACUUGCUUAUGCAGUAGCUUCUAAUAGAAAAUGUAGUGAACACCAAAUAGAACACAAACUUCUCAUGUUUUUGUAGGUAGACUAAUAUCAUCUAAUUGCUUAAAUUUCUCAUCUGUAGUAAAAAGGUAGCCUCUGUCAACUUACUGAUUUUAACAGAAAUACCAUUGUGUCUCAUCCUUCAAACCCAGUAAAAAAAAAAAAAAAAAAAAAGGCCCUUACUAAAACCUGGUUUGAGCUUCUAGUGGGCUAUAGAUUUUGAAACCAUAGGCACCUGUUUGAGCUCAGCGCUCACCUGCCUCCAGAAGAGGAGCUUUUCAUUUGUACCCAUGAGUGUCUUGCAGGGUACUGGGCUGGGAUGACCAGUAGUGGCUUGAGAGUUGGAGGGGUGUGGAAAAGGGAGAUGAGGCAGGGCUCUGGAAAAGUUUCCCCUCCUAGAUUCAUGUAGGGAGAUUGCUCGUCUCCACCUUACAUUUACAAAGCCAGAUUGUUAAAUGUGGAAGGGGUGCUCCCUGGUUGCCUUCUCUGAGCUCAUUCCCCUCGAUGAGCCAGAAAAGAGCAUCUAUCCAUGUAUUCUCUCUCUCUGGUGACGCAUAAAUGGCGUUUGUGCAGUAAACUCAAAACCUCUGUUUUGGCUUCUAUUUUUGUUAAUUCUCUUUUGCAGAUUCUGAGCAUAUAGGGAAAAAUCUUUUGUGCCUGAGCUUUAACACCACAUGCUAAACGGAGCACAACCCAAAUUAGUAAAUAGCCCCUGGUUUCUUUGAAAGCAAUAGGACCGUAGAUGACAACUGCAUAAAUGGACUGCAGCCCCAGUACUCUUAGAGCCUAAGAAUGUUAAAAUCACAGUGGUUACAUUUGGAGCCACCCUUUGAAUUUUUUAAUUAGGCACAUUUUCCCAUUUCUUACCAACUGGCCCUUAUUAAGAAUACUACCUACAGUAGAAAUUGCCAUCAGAUUAUCAAUCAAAUUACUGUUAAGGAUCAGAGAUGUAGUCUAAAAUUCUCUCUUUGGCCUCAAAUACCCGUUUGUAGUAGUGUUUGUGUGGCUUCUGUUGGAGAUGCUUUUGCCAGGGUGUCGUGUCCCUCCUACCCCUUCCUCACUGCCUGUCUCCCUCACACGUUGGCAUACGUGCUGUGUACACACAGAGAACACCCUGUGUACACAGUAGCAGCUGUCAGCAGUGCCCGCUCCAGAUGGGUGGGCCCCAGGUAAUCCUCAGCUGUGUAGGGAGGGGCCAGAACAGGCUGUUCCUGCAUUAAAAUAGGGGGAAAGGAAGAAUUUAGCAUCUGGUAGUAAUAUUUAUUCUUAUGAGGUUAGAGUAACCACAUGAAUUAGAAUUACUGAAAUUAGAAAUGUCUAAUUAUACAUUUAUAAAUUAUAAAUGUAAGCUUAUAAAUUGUAAAUAGCUCAAGUUAAAAAUGAGGCAGAGGCCUAAGAGAGUUGUAGACCUUUGUCGCACAUUAAAUUAAAAGAAAAUCACAUUAAGUUACUUAAAACUAAAUGUAGCGUUGCAGUGUGCCUCUCAUAGUAAAACCUAAGAUCUGAUUUAGUAACUUUGGUUUUCUUUGGUACUGGAACUAGCCUUUCCUUCUUAAUCUUUAUUUUUUUUUUUUACUUUUCACCUUUACUUCUGCCACACUCUAGAGCUAGAGCUUGUCAUAAAAUAGUAUAAAACUUUUCUCGUUUAGUUGUGUAUUGAAUCUUAAAGAAGGAACAGCUUUUCAAAACAGUAAGGAAAAGACCACCGAGUGGGUAAAUAAUGAAGCCUCCUGAAGACAAGCCAUGCUUUUGCUUUAUGACACUCCAAGUACUCAUACCAUAAAACCUUAACCUGAAAAUUUUCCCUCACUUCGAUCUGUGACACAACAUUGACAUGCAGCACAUCAUUCGUGACUCCUUAGGUUGGUUCAACAAAAUGGAAGUGGAAAACAGCUUUCAUAGCAGAUUCUUUGAAUUUGUUGGGCUAUUUCUUAGCCUGGCUGCAUGACAUAGCAGGUUGAAAAUUGUUUUUGGCCUUAAUUUCUUUUAGAUGUUCUGUUCCUUUUAAAUG